AUGCUUUUUAUUUUGUGUGUGCGAGUGGCUAAGUAAGAGUUCACUUAAAAAUGAAAAUGUUAAAUCACCAAGUAAGCAAAGAACAUCAAUGAUAAAUAUCGUGUGCGAGUUAUGUAAACUAACACGAUGUCUAUCAUAAAUGAACCAGUUCUCAACAUUAUUGUUGUGGGAUUCCAUCACAAAAAGGGAUGCCAGGUGGAACACUGUUAUCCAGAACUAGUUCCGGGAAGGCCGACCGAGUUGCCUCCAGCGUGGCGACACUUGCCAGCUCUAGCACUACCGGAUGGCUCGCAUAAUUACCUCUCUGACACUAUAUUUUUCAACUUGCCAGGCUUGACAGAACCAGACCAUACUGUUUAUGGGAUAUCAUGUUUUCGUCAGAUCCCUGUGGAGCAAGUAGCUCAGAAGACAGAAGAUAUGACAAGGAGCUCAGUACAAAAGAGUGUUUGUGUUGUUUGUCGAGCUCCUCUGUUUGGACGGCUUGCUGUGAAGAUGGAGCUGGUGGUCCGAGCUUGGUUUCUUCAGGCGGAUUUCUCACAGACAAAAUUGCUUGAAGAUGCUUACAAACACUUGAAUAGCUGCCCAGUCCAAAUUGACCAGACUCUUGAAGGAUUGUCAGUAAUGCGGUUGAUUGACAAUUGGAGGCAUAAGGCAUUACUGCUCUUCAAAUUAUUGUUGUUGAGAAGGAAGGUCCUUAUGUACGGCUCUCCAGCGGGCCCACUCUCCACGGCACUCCUAACUCUUGUGUCACUAUUGCCGCGCUGUCUAGAACAUGGGCUGACUAAAGCAGCUAAUGUUGUAUUGUCAAGGCCUCUGUCACCAAUAAUUCUUGACGAAGAAAAAGAUACAAUUGACAGUGGACACAUAUUAAACAAUGAUGAACCAUAUGUAAAUGGUUCAACACAAAGUGAGGAGUUGACUCCAAAAGAAACAGGGAACAUGCUGGAGGAAAAAGAUAGAGUAAGCAGACAAAGUUUUGAUGAGACCAUACUCAGUGACGUGGUGGACAGGCAGGACUUGGGUGACCAGGGUAGGGAGAAAUGUCAUAGUAUCGGGGAGAAAUAUAAGACUCAAAAAAUCGUAACAGAAGCGCAACAAAGUCCCACAAUGGCAAGAGACAUGAGUGUGGAUGGCCUUUACAAUUUAACGCGGCAGAUUGACCAGACGGAAUGCGGGUUACCUUUUCCAUUAUUUGAGGACGGUUAUCUCUGCUUACCCUAUCUGUCAUUGCAGUAUCUCGAUCUAUUGUCAGAUUCAGCCGUACAAGGAUUCGUAGUUGGAGCAUCGAAUGUUUUAUUUAAACAGAAGAGACAGUUGUUCGAUGUUUUAGUAGAGUUAAACGAGAUGAGGAUAGAAACUUCAGACUUGAUGUUGAGGAGACAGCUGGCCCUGGGGACUGAGGACCUUCGUUUCGCGGACCACGUGGUGCGUCACGGUGCUACGCAGGGAGAUGAGUGGAUAAGGGAACAGUUUUCCAGUUACUUAAUUUACCUUCUAAGGACUUCAUUACUGCCAGAGGGUAGUCGAGAGAUGGAUUCUUAUAAUGCUCAGUUUAUGUCCGCAUUCAAAGCGACGCCGGCGUACCAACAAUGGUUGAAGACUACCAACAACGGUGACAUUGAGGCUUUUGCGAACCUAAUGCCUGUCCAUCCGUUUUCGGGGCAACUUUCAGUGGCUGACAUGAAAUUGAAAUUUGCUCACACAAUGUCAACCACGGAGGGCGGGCGCAAGGUGAGCGCGGCGGUGGCGAGCACCGGGCGCGCCGUGGCCACCACCUCGCGCGCCGUGGGCGGGGCGCUGUCGCACGCGCGCGGCGCGCUCUCCGGCUGGUGGAGCGCGCUCACCGCGCCCGCCGCCGAGCCCUGCACAGCGACCGACCCCGCCACGGACGCGCGCGACGACGACGACAACAAGAAACAACUCCCCGCCGCGACGGACCCCGACCCCCCGGACAAAUCCAUAGAAGACGCCGCGAGCAAUGUCGGCAAAAUACAAGUCGUAUAGUGAGGGUAAUAGAGUGCAAUAUAACUGCACUGUAUAAUUGUCUUGUGCGAUUUGCAAUCAUUUUAGCGAUAUCGGCCUCAAAUUCGGAAGCAGGUUGGCUGGCAUUAUUUUAGGAUAUCAGUAUCAAGCACCAUUUGUAUACAAUACCUCGCGAUAGGACUUCAAGGAGUCGGGGAACGUGUGAUUGCCGUAGCUACAUUUUAGAUAAAACUCAUUUUAAAUAAAAAUUUAUAAGCCACUUAAACAUGCAAAGAAAUAAAUCCUUAGUAAAAUAGGUAUCAUAAAAAGGUAUGAAGAAAACAUUUAAUUUGGAAAGUGUUUUUUUGUCAAAUAACCUAUAAUCUUCCACUUCUAAACUGAUUGUUAUGUGUUUAAUCCAGUUUGAAAUAACUUAUUUUCAAGUUUUGACCAUAAUAUUUACCAUUUCCAAAAUUUAUAGAUACUGAAAAUUCUGAAAUCCUAAUUAAUGUUGACUAUAUUUUUUGUUAUUUUAUCUGUGAUUUUUAUUUUCUCAGAGACAUGUCACUAAGACCAAGGGCGUGUAUAUUUAUUUACAAAAAGCACAGGCCACAACUAGAACGUGCGAGACGAGCUGAACUAGUUUUCUAAGUAUUUUUACUAUAAAUUCUACAUGUCAAGUUAAAAGUAUGUGAACAUAUUUCUCCUGUUCACAUUUCACAGAUAAUAGCAGAUAAUAGUUCAGUUGAAACAAAUUUAAUGAAAAUAAAUUUGAACAUAGCAUUCGAUGUUAGCUUCUCGCCAUUCGCAAUGUAGCCUGCUCUUUGUUUUUCCUUGGUUUAAUAAUGCACAAUAAUUUUGUUAAUGUUGUGAUAUUAUUAAUAAACUGUUGCUAUUUCUCUGAUAGACCAGUGUUCUACUUUCCUCAAAAUUCUUCAUUCAAUACUGGCAGUCACAUAAGAUUUAUCAAUUGGAUAAUCUUGCUGCUUUUCAUCAAUAGUUAAUAUUUAUAUGAAAUUAAAACAUGUGUAUCUUUUAAAAUGUAGAUGAUAAUAUUAUAAGUAAUAGACUUUGAUACAGUUUGUGAUCUCUGAAACGUAGUUUAUUGUUGAUAUUCAAAUAGUAUAUGUUAGUUCUUGGUGUGUAAAAAGUUAAUUAUUGAAAUAAAAUAAUAAGAUGAAUGCUUAUUGUCAUGUUUUUAUGUUAUCAUUUAUUUUUAUAUUAUUUUUUUUAUUUAUUUUAAAUAUAAUGA